AUGAAAGAAAGAAAUGAAGGAAUUAUUGUAUUUGUAUCUUCCGAGGCUGCUUUGCUAGGUAUAUAUGGGUACAGUGCUUAUAGUGCAGCAAAGUGGGCUAUUCGUGGUUUAGCCGAAUCUGUGUUAAUGGAGUUGAUUGGUACUAAUGUAAGACUGAUGCUUGCAUUUCCACCUGACACGGACACUCCGGGUUUCAAGACAGAAGAGCUUACGAAACCUAAAGAAACUAAGCUUAUAUCUGGAUCUGGAGGACUUCAAACUCCAGAAGAUGUUGGCAAAAAAAUGCUGCAUGAUGCUUUG